AUGGAAUAUUUUGUAAUACUUACGAACAAAGGCCCUGCCGUGUUCCAAAACACGUCUUCCUCGCAUGGGAGAGUGAUAUUUGCAGGUGCUGAAUACGCCGUGACUAUAGAAAGCAUGCCUAUCCCAAAGGAAGAGACAAAAUAUGAUGCACACACCCAGUCCAUUAUAUGGUCAGUCAUACAGACUAUUCAGAUCCAGAGAUACGGCAAGACUCCAGUGAAAAAAAGAAAGAUGGUUCGGGUUAUAAAGAAAAAUGAGAGAAUAGGAGAUGGAAAGCUCACAAACAAAAACAAGACUAGCGUCUUUGGAAUGAUUCUUGGAUCAGGAAUUGCAAAAAUGCUAAAGAGCUCAUUUAUAAAACAGAAGGAGUCUUCUGAGUCGAACGAGUUUCCUGAAGGAGAGUUCUCUUCAUUCUCGGAGACUGGUAAGAGAGAAAAGCCGCUUGAGCCCUUGCUUGCCUUUGAAAGCAGUGACAAGGGAGAGAUGUUCCAGUGUAAAUUCAGCAUAGUCCUGCACGAUGGGGCUCCUAUCGCAAACGAGCAUACCCAAAUACUCUCCAAAUUUUCUGAGAAGAAAGUGCUGGGCGCUGCCAGCUCCAUCUUAAAAAGCGGGCAGAAGAGCUUUUACACGGGAGAAAUGGCAUUUAUAAUGGGCCUGCAGAGAAGUAAAGUAUGCAUUAAGGAAGUCGGCAACUGGCUCUAUAACUCAGACCAUAAUAAAAUAUUCACCAAUCUGCAGGCUAUAAUCAGAUUACUCAGUGAUGCCUUUCUAGGCACUGUUGUUAGAUCAAUGGCGAAGGAGUAUAUUGAUGUGGAUGUGGACGAGUGCAUUGAUAGCAACGCAGCAGACUUGGCAGCCCUGUAUGGAGACACAGAAGCACGGCUGAAUGUAUUCAGAAAGCUGCAAGAACUAUCUGACAAGAAGCUAGCCAAUGCCGCCAUGGAAACAGUUAGCAUUUCUAUGCUUGGAUACUUUGACAGACUUGCCGCUGUUAUAUACUCGCCCACGUUCAUUACGUAUAUUGCAUCUGUGGAGGAGAAUAUUGCAAUGUAUAAGCAGAAGUAUAGCUCAGAAGUAAUGGCAGCAGAGAGAAAGUUUAAUUGCAAUCUGUGUCUGCUAUUUGUAGAUAUAUAUCAUAGGCUUAUAAAAUACAGACUCUACAUUACAGAAGCUAUAAGUGCGCUUGAAAAGGCAUGCGUAGAGGAGCAGAGAAAAAAUGCAAAAACUCCUGUAGAGGAGGGCAUCAAGGAAAUGAGUAUUCUUCCAGAGGACUCCGAAAUAACAGAUGCACAGAACGAGAAAACUUCUAUAUCAAGCGAUGCGGAGAUACUAUACAGAAAGGAGAUUGAGCUUCUAUCUGUGCACAAUGACAGACUAACUGAGCUGCUUAAGGCAACUGAGCGGUUUAAAAAAAUCAAAUCUCUUGCAACAUCAGGAAUUAUAUUCCCAGACUGUGUGGAUGAUUUCAUUGAGAUGUAUGAGCUGACCAACGGAAUGGUGAUUAUUACAAAGGAGAACAUUGUUCUUGUGAAUGGCAAGCAUGUAGUUGCAGUUAUCUCAAAGAAGGAAGUCUUUGGGUGCAUACCUGCGUCGCAGGACACAGAGUAUCCUACAAUAUACAUUGAUCUUGCGGUGUCUUCCCUAUAUCCGCCUACGCCCAACUUUGUAACUGACAUUGUAGAUGAUGUUCGCGUCCAUUGGAUCCGCCUGCACUUUAAGUGGGAUGGGAACCAGAAAAGAUUUGUAGACGCAUGCAAGUGCAGAAAUGUGUCUACAAUAAAGGGCCUGGAAAUGCUUUUACGGGAGAAUGUUGUGAGCGUUGAAAAAGAACUCCGCGAGAAAGUUGCAAAGUCUGAUGUGAAAAACAGCCAUAAAAGAAUGCUUGCUAUACGAGCACAGAGAGAACUUGUUGCUACAUCAGAUUUAUACGCAUAUGGGCAGAAAAAGAGAAUGUCCGAGAACAUGCUGUUUGCUAUUAAGGCUUGGGCGGAUGCAGCACUGAGUGAAUAUGCAAAUUCUCUCUCGUCUAUUUCUGUGACAUACUCUAAGAGCAAUCUGGCCUUUGACAAACACCUUCGCAGAGAAGUGUCAAACAUUAUUAGCUACCACACGCAUAAGCAGACAUUAAACUCCCCAGAUAAAAAUGAAUUUAGUGCAGUUCUAACAGAAGAGUAUACGCUGUCUCAGGGAAUACCCAUAUUUGUAGGAUAUUUGUCAUAUGUAUACAGACUCUUAUCGCCUGCAGAUAUAAUGAAGUACUCUGAAAUAGGAAUGAAAGCACUGCACUCAGUGCAUGAUAUUCGAAACAUUGAAAUAUCAAAUGAUGAGUUCCUCCAGCUAGCAAUUGGGUUUAUUGAGGGGAUGCAUGUUCCUGAAUCAAUCAACAGAAAUGAGUUCCUUCUUUCUUUAGUUAUAGUCAGAUUCUUUACCAUUGCAGCACCGGAUAUUGGGCUAAAGAACUAUCUUGCGCUCUGCAGCUCUUUGUUCCUCUUUAAUUCAAAACAGCUAAUUGAUCUGCCAAAGUGCACAGGGCGGUAA